CACUUUCUGGCAUGAACAAAACAACUUCUAAAAAUAUCCUCUGACCUCAGCUAUAGAACAGAAAAGAAGGUUGUUCCUUCAAGUGGAGUGUAGCAUCUACAGAGACAGACAUCUGGAUGCACCAUGGUGGUGCAGAGUAACCUGGACAUUGGAGAGAGUAGGAAAGGGGUCUUGCUUGAGCCAUUUAUCCACCAAGUUGGAGGCCACAUGAGCAUGAUGAAGUAUGACGAGCACACCGUCUGCAAGCCUCUUGUUUCCCAGGAACAGUGGUUCUACGAGACUCUCCCUACAACUAUGAAACAGUUCACACCUCAGUACAAAGGUAUCAUUUCUGUAAACCUCAAGAAGGACAGCAUGGGCAAUCUGAGCCUCGUAGCCAUCCCACAAACAGACAACCGCAGUUCACUGGACAAGGCUUCCAAGGAGUCUUCGAUGACAAUAUGGCAGAAGCUCAACCAGGCAAACAGCAGAGGCAGUGGCCAUACAUUUGUCAAAUGGAAUCACAGCCCCCUCACAAACACCAUCAAAGACAGCUGCCAAGGGAAAUCCCUAUUACAGACAGACCUUCAGUACCACAGAGAUGUGUCUUCACUUAUGGAGGAUGCCAGUGGGAAUCAGGCAGAAAAGAACAGCUACAACCCCUGGGGACUACACUGCCACCAGCAGCACCUCAACCGCUUGUCUUCCAAGUGUAAUGAGAACAAACUUCAUCAAUUUCUGUUGCUUGAAAAUGUGGUAUCCAAGUAUAAAUAUCCAUGUAUUCUGGACCUGAAGAUGGGAACCAGGCAGCAUGGUGAUGAUGCAUCAGAAGAGAAGAAAGCACGGCAGAUAAAGAAGUGUGAACAGAGCACAUCAGCAUCCCUUGGAGUCCGUAUUUGUGGCAUGCAGGUUUACCAAGCAGACACUGUCCAAUAUCUCUGCAAUGACAAGUAUUAUGGGCGGAAACUCUCGCCAGAUGGUUUCAAGCAGGCCCUCUGUCAGUUCCUGCACAAUGGAAUACAUCUCAGAACAGACCUUGCAGAAGCCAUUGUGUGCCAGCUGAAGACUCUGCUAUCCAUCAUCAAAAAGCAGAGCUCUUACCGGUUCUACUCCAGCUCACUUCUCAUAAUUUAUGAUGGACUGGAGAAAACAAUCGACAGCCACCCUCAGGGGCAUUCUCAGAACACUAGCGGCACUGUUCCACAUGGGAACAGCCACCCCAAAGUUGAUGUUCGCAUGAUAGACUUUGCUCACACAACUUACAAAGGCUCAAGGUAUAAUCAGACAGCCUAUGAUGGACCAGACCAUGGCUAUAUUUUUGGGCUUGAAAACCUAAUAAAAAUUAUUCAAAACAUCUCAGUGGGUGAAUGACAAUGCCUGAAGUGACUUUACAGUGGUAAUAGGCACAGCCUGCAUGUCAGGCCAAUGGCAGG